AUGACUGACACAUACCCCAUUGGAACCCGUGACGAGUGCGAACGUCUAGUUCGUCAAUGGGGAUUCCAGCACGUCUUUACCUGGUCUGACGGAAGCAACGCUUACUACUCCCCUCACACCCACGGCGACGUAACGACACACCUUGUCCGUCACGGUACGUUCACCGUCAACUAUCCAGAAGACAAUGCCAAUGGGGAAAUGAGAAAGGAGACAUUCGGACCCGGAGCUAGGAUCGAUGUAUCGGCUGGGAAACUACAUGAAGUUUGGAUUGGACCGGAGGGAUGUGAGUAUGUGAUUGGAGAGUAG